UGCAAUGAACUGGUGCUCAUCUACGACCCCAAAAUUGUCCUCAAUAUGCAGUCAGCGAAUGGCGAAAUCAACCAAUCCUUGGGCCUCGCACGCAAUGUCCUAUUUCUCAUCGGCAACAUCACCCUGUACCUCCAAGUCCACAUUAUUCAGAACCCAGCCUAUAACGUUCUCCUCGGUUGGCCUUUCGACAUCCUCACCAAAAGUAUUGUCAAGAAUUAUUCAAAUGAAGACCAGACAAUCACUAUCAGUGACCCAAACACAGGACAACGAGCCACCAUUCCAACAAUCAGACAAGGACCCCCUCGAGUUCUUCACCAGAGACAAGCAGGUUUCUGCGACUCAAUGAAUUGA